AUGAAGUCCUCGGUAAUCAUAGCUGGGCUGCUUAGCGCCCCGGCUUUUGCAAGUGUACAGCAUGUGCUCCAAUCGGUUUUGCGGACCUCGCAGUCUGCGAAGCCGCCCAACAUUGUCUUUGUGAUCACCGACGAUCAAGACCUGCAGCUCGACUCAGUCUCAUAUACUCCCCUGAUCCAGCGGCAUUUACAAGAGAAAGGCGUUUCUUUCAGGAAUCAUUUUGUAACUACAGCCCUGUGUUGUCCGUCCAGGGUUAGCUUGUGGACGGGUCGGCAAGCACACAACACCAACGUGACCGAUGUCCAUCCACCCUAUGACCCAUAUACGUACUCCUACCAGAACGCUACAUACCAGCGUAACCAGGACCCGCCCGUGAGCUACGAGGGUCAACACACAGUGGAUGUGAUCACCGAGAAAGCACUGGGGUUUCUGGAAGAUGCCCUGACAGGCGAGAGGCCAUUCUUUGUGGGCGUGGCACCCAUAGCGCCCCAUUCAAAUGUCGAUCCAGGUGCUUUGGGCCAAAGUGGACUUGUUAUGUCUGCACCCAUUCCGUUGGACCGCCACCGAAACUUCGUUAGUUGGAUACGCGACCUUCCAAAGCAGAAUCAAUCCCAGAUCGACUACAAUGACUUCUUCUACAGGUCGCGUCUGCAGGCCUUGCAGGGAGUAGAUGAGCUAGUCGAUGCGCUGGUUACACGGUUGGAAGAAAGCGACCAGUUGGACAACACCUAUAUCAUCUAUACCUCCGACAAUGGAUUCCACAUAGGACAGCAUCGGUUGCCGCCGGGUAAGACCUGUGGAUUUGAGGAGGAUAUUCGUGUUCCACUUUUCAUCCGCGGCCCUGGAAUCCAGGCUGGCGUUGAAGAGAAUUCAGUCACGACUCAUAUUGACCUGGCCCCCACAAUCUUCCAGUUAGCUGGCAUUCAGCCGCGCGAGGACUUUGACGGCACUGCGAUUCCUCUCACGCCACAAUCCAAGGCCACUCGUCAUGAACAUGUCACGGUGGAAUAUCGGGGCAAAGGAGUAGCCGAAGGAACGUUCAGCCAAAUCGGAGCCACGUGCAUCCGGCCCUGGGAGGUUCUUCACCCCGCCGAACAAGUCAGUAGUCUUCGCGAUGCUCUAGACGACCAGCAUGACCUGUUUUAUCAUGAUCUUCCUCGGGUAUCCUUCGACUGGUGCGAUGACGGGUACUUGAUUGAAGCCGAGGGACCGCAGCUGACCCAAAACCACUACGGAGGAUCAUGGGAUAUUUGGGUUUAG